GAAAGUGAUCACUGCCUGCUGCUGCUCACCAAGAAACGAGACAAGUAUUCGGAAGCAUGGGCGCGAUCCCUUGGGCGUGUUAUGGUGCUGGACACAGUGUUCAAAGGCACUGAAAUAAGACCAGGAGACUGGUUUUACGCAUCCGUCAAACUUUUCCCCGACUUAUUCAGAGGAGUUGAACCUAUAUACAUGGUUAAAAAAAUUGUUGAUCUCUCCGCUCCUUUGGCAUUCACUGAAUGCUUUAUGAAUGAGAUCAAGGUACGACUGAUGCAGUUCCGGUCAUUUCGAAGAGGCAUUGUUUGGUAA